AAUUGAGUUUGAAAAUGACGUAACUGCCAUUAUAAGUGGCCGUUACGCUUGAGCAAUAGCACUGUGAUGGUAUCCAAUUUAAAAAUUUAACGUCAUUUAAAACACGUUCGGUUGGAAAAGAAGAAUUUAUUGCAAACGUGUCUUACGUGAAUUUAAGGGCACAAACAAGAAGAUCGGUUGUGUUUUUUCUUUUAUAGCGAUGCUUUGUCCAGGUAGCGUCAAUUACAGGCAUUGCUAAAUGUUUGCUAUUAUGAUGUUUCUUCCGUCAAAUAAAAAAGAUGGUCAGAUAACCCAUGUGGAAGAGAAUCAUUUAAAAGAUGUGUUAAAAAAAGUUGACAACCUGAGACAGCAUGGAGACCUUGGAUUUUGUGAUGUAAUUCUUAGAUUGGAAGGACAAGAAUUCUUUGCCCAUAAGCUUAUUCUAGCUUCCUGCUCGGACUAUUUUUAUGCAAUGUUUAAUGGAAAUAUGAAAGAAAGUAAAGAGAAGGUGAUUGAUUUAAAUGGCGUGGAUGUGGAAAUCAUGAAGCUUGUGUUAAAUUUUAUUUACACAGGCAGCAUUCCUCUGAGCAAUGAAAAUGUGGAACAGGUAUUGCAAGCAGCUAACCUGAUGCUCAUCAAGUCACUAAAAGAUGUCUGUUGUCGGUUCCUAGAAACCCUUUUAUCUGUAACCAAUUGCCUAGGUAUGCAGAAAUUUGCCGAGUCAUACGCAUGUGAAGAGUUGUUUGAUAUCACAACAAACUUCAUUUGUGAAAACUUUGGAUAUGUUACUGAUACGGACGAAUUUUUGCAGCUACAUCCUGCACAGCUAGCUCCAAUACUUUCUAGUGAUGAUCUUCGAGUUUUAAAUGAGGAGAAAGUGUAUGAAGCACUAACAAGAUGGACUCGAUACGAUUCAAAAAACAGAAAGAAGUGCUUUUCCGAGCUUGUUCAACAUAUUAGAUUACCAAUGCUUUCACCUGACUAUCUUAUUGACCAAGUGGAAUCUGAACCGCUGUUUGGAGAGUAUCCUAAAUGCAAAGAACUGCUAAUGGAAGCUCAUCAUUAUCUGCUGCUACCAAACAGACGAGGGUGUAUCCAGUCUGUGCGAACACGCCCACGGAAAUACGAAAACAGCAAUGAAAUCUUAGUGGCUUGUGGAGGAAAUGGAGAAACAUCACUUAAUUCCACAGUGUUUACCUACAACAUGGUAAAAAGCAGUUGGAACGAGCUACCCAGGCUAAUUCCCGAGAGAGGUUACCACGGGCUAGCUACAAUAGACGGCGAGAUGUUUAUCGUAGGUGGAGUGACAGCAAGCCGUGCUGAGGGACGCGAAGGAACGACAGAAAUGCUUGACACUGGAAAGAAAUUCGACUUGGACCAGAAUAUGUGGAUAAAUAUCGCUUCACUACACACCAAACGAAGCAAGAUGUCUGUUCUGGAAUGUUGUGGAAACAUUUAUGUGAUCGGUGGUUUUGAUGGUUCGCAAACUUUAAAUUCAGUCGAAUGUUACAAUCCAACUACAAACAGAUGGAAAUUCGUUGCACCUAUGGUCACACAUCGGCGUUGCACAUGCGCAGUUUCCAGUGGCAACUUUAUAUUUGUGGUUGGAGGUCAUGAUGGCGCACAAAUCUUAAACACAAUAGAAACAUAUGAUGUUGAGCGCGACACUUGGUCGACGACAGAUGUCGCGCCUAUGUCCGACAGACGUUCGUUUCCGUGUUCUGUGAAUAUCAAUGACGAAAUUUUUGUGAUGGGAGGUUACGAUGGUCACGACACCCUUCGAACUUGCGAAGUAUACAGUAUGGUCAGAAAUGAAUGGUCGAGUAUCGAGCCUAUGAACACUGCCCGAUCCAAUGCUGGAGCUACUUAUAUGAACCGAAAGAUCUACGUUGUCGGAGGCUGGGACGGAGUUAGUUUGAAUUCCGUCGAGUACUAUGAUCUAGUCACACAUGAAUGGAUACGUAUAACAAGUCUACCCCGGCCUACAACAGGCAUCAGAUGCGGUAUUUUAGUUCAUCAGACAUCCAGUGAACAAAAGCCGCGUCAUAAAAAUGGCCGCUCAAGCAAUUGUAUUAUUUCUUAAACGCUUUGUAUUCCUAAACUGUUAGUAUACAAUAUUUAUUUGUAGUUUUUUAAGCAGAGCACAUUUUAUAAGGAAUCGAGUAGUGACGAAUUAGGCAAAACAUAUCAGGCGGCAAAUACUCCUAAUAAAGCCCUUUUAUCAAUAUGCGCCCUGAGCGCUCAUCAAACAUA